AUGCGGGCAUUAUUUGGUAGAGUCGUUUUGGUUUCGAUAUUGUUGCUGAUUUCAAAGAACGUUUAUAGUCUGGUGGGAUACAGCGACCAAGAAAAAGGUAAAAUGUUCUGUGCAUUCAGGGAAAAUACUGAUCUAAAUUACUGUAUGAUAUUAAUGAGAGAAAAUUGUUAUUCGGUAUUUGUAUAAUAUAACAAUUCGAGAAUGAAAAAUGUAGUGUUAAAAUAUGCUGUGUGAGCAGAUUAGUAUAUAUUUGCAUUUUAUUUAUUUAAUACGCUCUGUACAAUGAUCUAUAUGACUAUAUAUGAGAACAGUCCUUUCUGCUUGAUAAUGUUGAUCUUGGAAACGGAAAAUUUGAAAUGUGGUGGCAAAAAUCCAAUAGAAAACCAUCCAGAAUUCUUUAAAGUUUAAUGGCAAAAAAGGGGAUUUCCCUUAUCAAUUUCCAUGGCGUCAUAUACUGACAUUAUUUACAUAUAACCAUGCCUAUAUCGUACAGCAAUAGUUGGUUGUAAAACAAGUUUCAUAACAUAUAUUUAGAGAAAAGACGUACUGCAAAGUGGUACAAGAUUUCAAAAUUUCGUUUUUCCGAAGUAAACAAUUCCCUGAGUCUGAGGCAAUUUUGUAAUUAGGUGGUCUUCCUAAUUUACCAGGGGGAGGGGCUAUGGUGAUUUUGAGGUCUCCAUUUCUAAUUUAAAUUAAUUAAACAUUAGAUUUAUAGGAGGGCUACCAAAAAUUACCAGAAAAUUUGACAAGAAGGUUUAGCAAUUAUAAAUUUCCAUGCCAGUCCUUAAAAUGUUAUGCACACUUACAUGCAGGUAUUCAAAAUUUGCUUUUAAUUAAGGACAUUAUGCCUAGUUUGGUCAAAAUUUGUUUGGUCCAAUAUACUUUGAAGACCUUUUUGAUCAAAGAAAUAUUAAAUCAGCCUUUAAGUCCAUAGCUAUAGCAAUGAAUGUACUAUUAACAGGUCCUUUACUUUUAUAAAGUGAUCCUGAAUAGUUGUACAUACGUGAAUUGCAUUUAUAUGAAGAUGAAGAAUUCUUAAGCCAAACAUAUUCUUAUUUUAAAGGUGCCCUACAGUCCGUGUGUAAACAAAGCCUUUGUUUACAUUUUUAAUUUGUGUCCAAAAUAUUGAGCUUUAUUCAACAACUAUUUAUAUUUUCAAGCUUCUAGAGUAUAAUAAAUGAUCAAGAAACAACAAUCAGGCAUUGCAAGAACCCAAAACAUAGUUAAACUGUUUGUAUCAUAAAAAGUGGGCCCGCUCCUUUGUGCACAUGCACAGAUUGGACUGUAAGGUACCUUUAUGAAAACAAAUAUAAUGUCAAGAAAAGUUUUCUUAUUUCAAGAAAAAAUGUCUUGCAAAUCAAAUAUUUCUUAUUUUCAAUUAAGAAUCGUUUUUCUUAUUAAGAAAAUCAGCUUCCCACAUUAAAAAAUAAUUUCUUAAAUUAAGAAUUGUUUUCUUAAUAAGAAAAUGAUUUUUGCUGUGUACUAUAUACAAACUAAUUUGUAUCAUAUUUAUCUGUAUGAAGAAUACUGAUCAUAUCAUAUUUGUUGAAAUAAUUUAUUGUGCAUACUUUUUGAAAACCAUUUAAUAUAUGAUAAUUAAAACAAGAUAAUUGUACACAAUAGUUUCAUACAGCCUUUUGAUUGUAUAUAACUGUUGCAGAUUAUCAGUGAAGAGAUGUUGAUAUAUAUUACCAAUGGCAUGACAUCUAUUUAAUACAGCCAUUAUUUAGAUACGUCUAAUUUAAUGUAAGGAUUCAGAAAGUAACUAUGUAAUUUUGACAGGGGGGGUCAUAACAAUUCAUCCAUAUUUAUCCACUAUCACAUGAAGGGGAGGGGCAUAAAAAAACUAUCAAGAAUAUGUGAGGGGGGGGGGGCUUGGAAAAAACAUAUAGCUAAAAUAUAGAAUCACCAUAGAUUCCCUCCAUAGGUAAAUUAUGCAAUUGAACACCCCUUAUUUGGCCCCGUGUGGUUUAUAAUAUUAUGAACAGCUUUUGGAAGGCAACACCGAAAUGGGCGAUAAUUUCCUUGUAAAUAUCUUUAGCUGUUGUUAAAAAGUGCCCCCUCCAAAAAGCCAACUAUUUCAAAUUCAUAUAGCCUAUAUAGUGACAAUUGACAGCUCAAAACAAGCUCUUUGAAUACUGAUCUUUUUAUUUACGUUACCUCAUGGCUUAUUUUUAUUCGUUUAAAUGAGCCUCAUCAAAUUGAGCUUCGGCUGGGUAGUUAAUGGCAAAGUUGAAUAUCAUGCAUGUAGACCAAGAAACCGAGAGCGCCACUGGUCUGUAAACUAUUAUUUCAAUGGAUUCUUCCAGCUAUAGAUUAAAUUUUGAUUCAGGCAAGAAGAACAAAAUCCAUCACCACAGCUAGAAAGAGCAUGUUACAAUUAGUAAAAUUUGCAAAGUUUGGUAGCGAAAUGUUGUAAAUGAAGAAAAUAUAGCCCUGCGAAAUUUGCAAAUUUUGUAUUAAUUUGUAUUACGCGCGGGAAAAUGCACCACUUUCGGCCCAAAUGUGGUGGUGCAUUUUCCCGCAAGAUGAAAAUGAAGAAAAUUUCCUGCGAAGAUGUAAAGAUUUCACUGCAUAUUAACAGGCACCUCUCUAAUUGUUUGAGCGCACACGUGGCAAACAAUACCAUGAAAUCGAGGCGGACGAUGCAAUUCAUCAUAAAGUAGUUUUCAUUACCAGCAAGCAAUUUCGGGACGUGUCUAUUGCUGAAAUCCAGUGAAUCGGUUAUUUUUAAAAUUCAGCUAAAACUAAACAAGCUUACUUUCUUAUAUAGUACCGGAAGAUAUGCAACUGGUGGAUAUCUCAUACAUUUCAAAGCCAAGUAUAUCUGCAAUACAUGUUCUGUGCCGUGCACAUUUAGGACUUCCCUAUCUCAAGAUAACAUGCCCGGCUCUUGAUAAUGAACCAGGUUUUCAGAAUAAAAACUUUGAUAUUUCAAAAGUCAACGGCAAAUGCAAAUUGACAGACAAUAUUUCGCGCAGUUACGGUUGCUCUCGCAUCAUUCGUAAGAUUCCUUGGAAACAAAUCGAAAAUUUUACAAAUUUUACCUGCUUUUGCCGAAUGAAACGACAGGCGGUGGAGAAGAAUGUCAAACACAAAGCUUCAGUAAAAAUUAUAAAUCAAGGUACGUAAAGAAAAUGUAUUUCUUUUCCUACUUGAUGUAUAACAAUAUCCUUUUCCUCCUUGAUGUAUGCCAUGUAUGUAUGCUAUUGUAGAAACUGGUCAGGAAAGUGUUUGAAACCCACUACAAUCCUGGGCAUAAAAUUUGCAAUACGUACCAAUUAUUGGACCAACUUUCGUAAUGUUACUAAAAGCUUCUCCUUUACCUCCACCAUUCAAUGUUGAUUAUAUUCUUUAAACACAGUUAAUUAAAGGCUCGGUAUAGUACGUCCAACAUUGUCUACGAGAGGAACGGGGGGUGGUGGCUGGGGUGGAGGUGAUAAUGAAUAUUAUUGUAGUUCAAUAGUAAAAUAAGUCAGAAAGAAAAGUUUUUGUAGAGUGUUGUUGAUGGUUUUGACUUCAAAUUUUUUGCGAAAUCCUAAUCUUAGAAACACAAUGGUAUCUUGCUACUUUUGCUCAGCACAAAAAUUCAGAUCGGGAUAUCUUCAGAACUAUUGAAUCUUCUCAGUCUUGAAUAACUACUCGAGAUACUACGUACCAUUUUUAAUGUUGCAUUUCCUUUUACUUUUCUAUUUUAUUUUAUUAGAGUGCAAAACAAACACAGAGACGGUUUAUCGGAGAAAAAUCAAUGAAGAGAAGAAUAUUCAUAUUUUGUGUUGCAUAACUGGUCAUCCUUCCCCUCAAAUAACAUGGUACAAGGACAAAUUUGAAUUGCAUAUGCCAAAUGGAAGCACAGUCAUCAACAACGUGAGAUACCAGAAAAAGGGGAGUCGCUUGAUUAUUAGUAGGACCGACAUACGUGGUUCUGGAAAUUAUCAUUGUGUGGCCAGCAAUAUUGUUGGAUACGAAAGAGGUGGAAGUUACCAAUUGAUAUUUUACG